AUGACAGAGUCAAAGACCCCGUUUCGAGUCGUUAUCAUCGGUUCCGGUGUGACUGGACUUGUGGCGUCGAAUUGUUUGCAAAUAGCAGGCAUCGACCAUGUCGUCCUGGAGAAGCGAGACGAUGUUGCGCCUCCGGAAGGGGCCAGCAUCGGCAUGUAUCCUCACGGUGCGCGGGUUCUGCACCAGAUAGGGGCUUUGAAGGGAGUCUUGGCGGCCUGUACAGCCACCGACCGAUGGUUCUACCGCGGAGCAGAGGGGGAAAUGCUGAUGAACAACGGAUUUUUCCGCCAUGUCGAGAAAAAUUUUGGCGUUGGCUAUAUCCUGCUUGAAAGGCGGGAGUUUCUACAGAUCCUAUAUGAUUCACUCCCGGACAAAUCAUAUAUCAAGACGGGGUGUGGCGUAAAGGAAGUCAAACAUGUCGGGGACCAGAUUCAAGUCACGCUUCACAAUGGCCAAGUCGAGACCGGUGACAUUGUACUUGGCUGCGACGGGGCACACAGCACUGUAAGGAGUGUUAUGUGGGAACACGCGAAUAAGAUAACACCGGGGCUUAUCACGUCAAAAGAAAAGGCCAACUACAGAACGGAUUGGAAAGCUGUGAUCGGAGUUGCUCCCCAAAUGCCUGGUUUGGGCGUGCAAGAUAUGACAUCCGUUUCGGACAAAGGGCGAACCUUCAUCGCUUUUUCACAGGCCGAUCGUAUUUACUUCUUUUUCAUCUUCCGUGUUGACAAGCCAUACACUUGGCCGGCUCGACCGAGUUCUAAGGAUGCCGAUCGCGACGCCCUGGUAGAAAGUGUGGCCGAUCAUCCAAUUUCAGAUACACUGCUCUUCGGAGAGCUGUGGAAGAAGCGAAUCCGUGGGGAGCUUCUCUACCUUGAAGAUGGUGUUUAUGAGCAUUGGCACUCCGGCCGAAUCGUACUCACUGGCGAUGCCGUGCACAAGUUUACGCCAAACAUGGGUUUUGGUGGCAACUGCGGUAUCGAGUCCACAGCAGUCUUGUGUAACCAUCUGAAUCGACUACUGCGAGAGGGCAAGGGUAGAAAGCCCAGCCAGGAGCAGCUUACUGAGAUUUUCGAACUCUAUCAAAACCGCCAGGUCCCUCGCAUGAAGGAAAUAUCCGAGCUCUGCAGGCUGGUGACGAAGGUCCAAGCUUGGGAGACUCCAUAUCACAAAUUCGUAGAUACCUGGGUAUUCCCCAUGCAGUCCGACAAAGAGCUCGCAAACCAGCUUACUGAGAUCAUCCGGCGCGGUGCAAAGUUGGACUACGUGGACGACGCAGGCUUUGGCCCGGGGACUGUGACGUGGAUCGAUCACGAAUCAGCGACGGUCGCUUCGGGUUCGCCUAUCGCUUCUCGGUUGGUGCGACUAGUUGGCGCGGGGGCAGCAAUUCUGGCUGUUUUGCAAGGGGUCAGGUUCUUCACUUUUGCGUCGGCUUCUGUGACCUCUUGA